UCAACAUUAUUUCUUUUACUUUUUUUUAACGUUUUUGAUUGGUUGAAAAGCGUGGAAUGGCGUCCAUCCGUCCACAAUUGAACUGAAGCGAAGGUGACACUAUGAGCGGCACGGAGAGCAUCUUACUGGCGGUGGCGCACGAACACUCGAAGCAGUUUGCGGAGGGUACGAUUAAGUCACCAUGGGACUAUUUCGAGUACAGUGUGAAGCUGGCGUUGGCUCGCUGGACGGCGCUGCGAAUGGCUAUCGAGGGCGAAUGGGGUGGAGGUGACACCCGCCGCAAGUACGAGAUUCUGCUGGAGGAGAUUCUCAAUGUCUUCAAGUACAACAAAACAGUGUACGCUGACGCUAUGUCCGACAACAUUGGCGGCUACGUGGAGACGGAGUUCGGUCUCAUCUGUGAGGACGGCAGCGUCGAGGAGAUCUCGGAGUUUCUUACUGUGCUGGCGGAUGAGUGCAAGAAGGGCCAAUACGACCGCGUCAAGGCAAUGCACGACCAGGUACAGUCACUCAUCCCCAUUGACCUUAAGGCUGCCAAGAUCAAGACGCAGGACGACGGCGUCGGUCUGGCCGAGGGCAACGCAGAGGCGUUGGGUGCUAUCAGAGAGGAGACGCAGGAGCCGGACGAGCCUCUCGUCGACGAAGAUGGCUUCACUACGGUGCGCCGCUCCGGUCGGCGGAAAGCGCCUACUAAGUUCUACGACCCGGCGGCCGAGUUCCCUGGAGCGUCAUAAACUGCAAAUGUGCCAUAGAAUCAGAUUUUGUUGUUGACUUUCUCUCUUGCUCUUACUCAAAGUCUGCGAACAUGUCGUCUUCCUCCAUCG